ACCUCAACCACCUCAAGUUGAAUUAUUCUUUCCCCAAUGAAGAUGUAAUCAGGUUCGUGCUGAAAUACAAACAAUGCGACUGCUACAUACUCCUUAACUAUGAACCGAACUACCGGUACUCUACACCGCUUAAGAGUAAAGUUUUGAUUUUUUUUUUCUGAACCCCCUCCUUCUCCAGACCCAACUCUACCAGAAAUCCCCUUGAUCCGCUUGAUUGAUGAAAAAGACAUGGCCAAACGUAGAGGUAUAAAAAACUGGAUAAUCACUUCCUCCAAAGAUAAAGCAAUCACUUCCACCACUCCACCAGCUCAAAUCACAUAGCAAACUACUAGAAUUGUGCUAGUCUUGGCUUCCCCAGGUUAGCAUGAAAUCCCACCAUGCUUCAAAGAGGGCGCGCGCCUCUGAUCCAUCUAUUGAAUUAACUACCGAGCUAAGCACCAAGCAACCGGUCGAGCAGGCCAUUCCUGCCCCAGCUUGGAAACCAUCAUUGACCCACCGGGGAAAAAUUAUCAUAACUGCGGACUCCAUUGCUGAGGACAAUGAGCAUUUGCUUGGAUACAAUUUUUCAAAAGCCUUUCUCAUGACUGCUGACAUGAAGAAGUGCAACCAUUAUCUUGAUACGUAGCUUAUCAAAUUCACGAUCAAGUCCAUAGCCAAGGCCAUCCAAAAAUCCCAUGUCGCUAUGGAGUGGCUGGUUAAAGCAAAACAAAGUCUGAAGGACAACACCAACUAUGCUGCUGUCAUCGAAACUGAGAAUGGAGAAGCUGCGACUCCGUACAAAGGCUGGAAAGGUCAAGACUGGGGGUGCAAUCAUGUGCCUCGCAGGAGCACUGACUAUUAGUCUUUAUAAGGGUACAUCAUUUUACAUUGGACAUCAUACAACCCAUCAUCAGAUCAUCUCCCAUAAAGCUAAUCAUCAUUGGACACGUGGCUCUCUAUUCCUGGGGUUUAGUGUUCUAUCCUAUGCUACGUGGUUCGUUGUCCAGGCGAAGCUAUUUAAAGAAUUUCCAUAUAAAUAUUGGGCAACAAUGUUAACGUGCAUAAUAGGAUUCAUGCAAUCAACGGUGAUUGGCUUAUGGUUGGGUAAAAGUAAGGCUUCCUGGAGCUUGGGAUGGAAUAUCCAACUCAUUACCAUCAUUUAUUCCGGGGCAUUAGCUACGGCUGCAUCAUUUUGCUUAAUUUCAUGGACAAUUAGGCACCGAGGACCAACCUAUCCCUCCAUGUUCAACCCCUUGGCCCUCAUUUUUAUAGCUAUAGCCGAAACUCUCUUUCUUGAUGAACCCAUCACUGUCGGAAGCUUGUUAGGAAUGUUGUUGAUCGUAUCAGGUCUGUACUCGUUCUUGUGGGGAAAGAACAAGGAAUCAAAAAUCAUGGUUUUACCAAAAGCAAUAUUCGAUGAAACAUCACUAGUAGUUGUUGUUCCUGAUCAAUCUGUAGUGAAGCAAUCGACAGCUGUAGUAAUGCCAAGUGCUUCUACCAGUAUCAGCACCAUUGAUGCCGAAGAUGGUGCUGACCCAAACCACGGGGAAGUACAUGGAGUAUAGUUAGUCGUGUGAUAUAGUCGACCUAUUCGCUCCAAGUUAUGAUAUGUUUAAUUUCUUUAGGAUUGAGUGAUCAUUCUAAAUUGUAAUUCCACAGAUUGAUAGGCUAAGUUUAGAUUUUAAAUUUGAAGGGAUUUUUGCAAAGGGGUAAUUAUUCAUAGGUCUUCUUACAAGGCAAUGUGCACCAUUAAGUUUCACAAGUGUUUGCAGAGAUCAAAAAGUCUUACAAGUAUUAGUGAUGCUUUUUGUGAUGAUUUUUUAAAUUUGUCAAUAAUUAGUAACUUUUUUUGUUGAUGAA